AUGUUGGGGAAGAUCGCGCUAGAAGAGGCUUAUGAGAUGGUCGGUAUGGAAGCCAAGUCUCAGCGUGAAGCCUCCUUCUAUAUCAACCCGUCCGAUAGGCACCGGUACAUGAGCGCAAUCAGCGAUAUCAAUGACAAGCGCGUCAAGCUGGCCGACGAAUACGGAAUCGGUUAUACCAUCGUGUCUCUCACUGUACCUGGCAUUCAAGGUAUUUGGGACAAGGCCGAGGCCGAACGGCGUGCUACCGAGACCAAUAACUGGGUUGCGGAGCAGAUCAAGUCCAAACCCGAUAAGCUGGGGGCCUUUGCUUGCCUUUCUAUGCAUGAUCCUGUACAGGCAGCGAAGGAGUUGACGCGGUGCGUCAAGGAGCUUGGCUUUCAUGGCGCCCUGCUGUGCGACUUCCAGCAUGCCGGCCCUAACGGGGAGACAUACCUGUUUUAUGACCAACCGGCGUACGAUCCUUUCUGGCAGGCUCUUCAGAAUCUUGAUGUCCCUCUAUAUAUCCACCCCGCUGCUCCCGCGGAUAUCAUCUACGACAAACUAUAUGCUCAGCGCAAGUUUCUCAUUGGGCCGCCUCUGUCCUUCGCCAACGGCGUUAACCUUCACCUCCUUGGUAUCAUUACCAAUGGGGUCUUUGAUCGCUUCCCCAAGGCCAAAGUCAUUGUCGGUCAUCUGGGCGAGCAUAUCCCAUUCGACUUCUGGCGUAUCAACCACUGGAUUGAGGACGUUGAGAGACCUAUCGCAUUGGAGCAGGGCUACGAAAGGAUCUGCAAGCGAAAUAUCUACCAUUACUUCAAAAACAACAUCUGGGUCACCACUAGCGGGCACUUCUGCACCCAGUCUUUGAAAUUUGUAGUCGAUGCGAUCGGUGCGGACCGCAUCCUCUUCAGCGUGGACUACCCUUACGAGACGAUCGAGAACUGUUCUGCUUGGUGGGAUGGGAAAGCCGAGGAGGUCAAAGAUGCGGUUGGCGGGUUGGAUAACUACAGGAAAAUUGGCAGGGAGAAUGCAAAGGCGUUAUUGAAGCUCGACAAGUACCACGACUCUGAGGCCCCCGUUUUGUGAUCUAAAAAGCGAUGAGCGUAUGUUCAGAUUAGCAAAUUUCUACUAGUCUCCUAAAUUCGGAGCUGGGAGU